UUAUCCGCCCUUUAAAAUUACAGACGUGAUUCACUUUUACUGGAAGAGACUGGAUUUUUUUCUCCUCUUCUUUUUCUUCUGGAUUUCAGGGAGGGUAUUUAUGUGUUGGUGUACAUCAAGUCAAGUUGUUUUACCAACGUGACUUAUUCCGACUCCUGUGAUAUGAUAUCAGACUCAACAUGAUCCACUGGCCACCAGUCGUUUUCCUGUGUGUGACUUUAUCACCUGUUCUACAAACAGCCUCUUCACAGUCACAUGAAGUGGUUUGUCCUGGUACUCAGAAUGGUCUAAGCUCCACAGGAUCCCAAGAGAAUCAAUACAACCUGAUAAAGGAUCGAUACGAUGGCUGUGAGAUCGUCAUGGGAAACCUAGAGAUCACUCAGAUUGAAAGUAACUGGGACCUCUCCUUCCUCAAGACAAUCCGUGAGGUGACCGGCUACAUCCUCGUUGCUAUGAAUCACUUUCAGGAGAUUCCUCUGGGACAGCUGAGGGUCAUCAGAGGAAACAAUUUGUAUGAAAGACGAUUUGCCCUCUCUGUCUUCUUUAAUUACCCUAAAGAUGGGUCUAAUGGCCUGAGGCAGCUGGGACUCAUGAACCUAACAGAGAUUCUGGAAGGAGGAGUUCAGAUUAUCAAUAACAAAUACCUGAGCUAUGGCCCCUGGAUCUACUGGCAAGAUAUCAUCAGGGACAACAGCGCACCUAUUGACAUCCAGUACAACGGAGAGAGAGGUCCAUGUCACAGAUCCUGUGGAGAUUACUGCUGGGGACCAAACAAUGACCAGUGUCAGAUCUUGACAAAGACAGUGUGCGCUCCACAGUGUAACGGCCGCUGUUUUGGGACAAGCCCCCGGGACUGCUGUCACAUAGAGUGUGCAGCAGGAUGCAAAGGCCCCCUGGACAUGGACUGUUUUGCUUGUCGUCAUUUCAACGACUCCGGGUCCUGUGUGCCACAGUGUCCGCAGAAUUUGAUCUAUAACAAGCAGAUGUUUCAAAUGGAGACCAACCCCAACGCCAAAUAUCAGUAUGGAUCCAUCUGUGUGUCUCAGUGCCCCACUCAUUUUGUGGUGGACGGCAGCUCCUGUGUGAGUGUCUGUCCUCCAGACAAGAUGGAGGUGGAGAGAGGAGGCCAGAGGCAGUGUGAGCUCUGCAGUGGACUCUGCCCCAAAGUGUGUGAAGGCACUGGUGCUGAACACAGACAGACCGUGGACUCCAGUAACAUCGACAGCUUCAUUAACUGCACUAAGAUCCAGGGCAGCCUCCACUUCCUGGUCACAGGGAUUCUUGGAGAUGAUUUCAAGAAGAUCCCACCUCUGGAUGCCAAAAAGCUGGAGGUUUUCCGCACUGUCAGAGAAAUAACAGAUAUCCUGAACAUCCAGUCAUGGCCUAAAGAGCUGAAUGAUCUGUCUGUGUUUUCAAGUCUUACUACUAUUCAAGGAAGGUCUCUUUACAAGCGGUUUUCUCUGAUGGUGAUACACAUCCCCUCUCUUACCUCACUGGGGCUGCGCUCUCUCCGAGAAAUCAGUGACGGCAGCGUGUACAUCAGUCAUAAUGAAAACCUUUGUUACCAUGACACUGUGAACUGGGCACAGUUGUUCAGAGGCAGAAGAGUUCGAGUCAACAGCAUCAACAACAACAAACCACCGGCACAGUGUGUUGCUGAAGGCCGUGUGUGUGACCUGUUGUGUUCAGACUCGGGUUGUUGGGGUCCAGGACCGGACCAGUGUCUGUCGUGCAGGAACUUCAGCCGAGAUGGUACAUGUGUGGGCAGCUGUAACUUUCACCGAGGGUACCCUAGGGAGUUUGCGGGACCUGAUAGAGAGUGUGUUGCCUGUCAUCCAGAGUGUAAACCUCAGCAUGGAAAGGCCAGCUGCACUGGACCGGGUGCUGAUGAGUGUGUGUCAUGCACUAACUUUCAGGAUGGUCCGUACUGCAUGUUCUCCUGUCCCUCUGGGGUUAAUGAUGGACAGAGGGGACUGAUCUUUAAAUAUCCCAACAGGGAGGGUCACUGUGAACCAUGUCACACCAACUGCACUCAGGGAUGCUCAGGGCCUGGACUGGCCAAUUGUAUAGAGGCCACCAGAUUGGCAGUCAGUAGUGGUCAAAUCACAGGCAUUGCUUUAGGCGUCCCGGCUGGCUUGAUUUUCUGCCUGGUGGUGUUUUUCCUGGGUCUGCUGUACCACCGAGGUUUGGCCAUCCGCCGCAAAAGAGCCAUGAGGAGGUACCUGGAGAGUGGAGAGAGCUUUGAGCCGUUGGGCCCCGGAGAGAAAGGCACCAAGGUUCACGCCCGCAUCCUGAGGCCAUCGGAGCUAAAGAAAAUCAAAGCUCUUGGCUCAGGAGUCUUUGGAACUGUGCACAAGGGCUUUUGGACUCCAGAGGGUGAGACCGUGAAAAUCCCUGUUGCUAUUAAGACCAUCCAGGACAGUUCAGGCCGGCAGAGUUUUACUGAGAUCACUGAUCACAUGCUGUCUAUGGGCGGUCUGGACCAUCCAUACAUUGUGAGGCUGCUGGGCAUCUGUCCAGGUGUCAGUCUGCAGCUGGUGACUCAGCUCAGCUCACAGGGGUCCUUACUGGAUCACAUCAGGCAGCACAAGAACCACCUGGACCCCCAACGGCUGCUCAACUGGUGUGUGCAGAUAGCCAAGGGUAUGUACUAUCUGGAGGAACACUGCAUGGUCCAUAGGAACCUGGCUGCGCGCAACAUCCUCCUCAAGAACGACUACCAGGUUCAGAUCUCAGACUACGGGGUAGCAGACCUCCUUUAUCCUGACGACAAGAAAUACGUCUACACCGACACCAAGACACCCAUAAAAUGGAUGGCACUUGAAAGCAUCUUGUUUCGAAGAUACAGUCAUCAAAGUGAUGUUUGGAGUUAUGGGGUGACAGUGUGGGAGAUGAUGUCAUUUGGGGCGGAGCCAUACGCAUCUGUGCCACCGCAGGAAGUACCGAGUCUGCUGGAGAAGGGCGAACGUCUGUCCCAACCCCACAUCUGCACCAUAGACGUCUACAUGGUCAUGGUUAAAUGUUGGAUGAUUGAUGAGAAUAUCCGUCCCACCUUCAAAGAGCUGGCCAAUGACUUCACCCGCAUGGCGAGAGACCCACCCAGAUACCUGGUCAUUAAGGUGGAUGGAGCAGACUCCUCCACAGAAGAAAUCCACCACAGGGAAUCAGAACGAGGACUUCUGGAUGCAGACUUUGAGGACCAGGAUGAGGAGGAUUUAGAGGACGGUCUGGUUACACCUCCACUUCAUCACUCUCCCUCUUGGAGUCUCUAUCGUUCUAGACUUAAUUCUAACAGGAGUGGCAUUUCUCAGGCUGGACCCAUUGGAUACCUGCCCAUGACCCCCAGCCCUGUCGACAGUAUCCGCCAGCUGUGGUUUCAGAGGUCACGUCUGAGCUCAGUGCGGACUUUACCUGACAGGUCAGAGGUCAUGGGACAUGCACGGGAUGCAGAUCCUCAUGAGGAGGACGUGAUGCAUAGCAGCCUUCGUAGAGCCAGGUUUGGCUCUGAGAGGGGUAAUCCCUUCAUAUCCAUCAACCGGCACAGGAAGCUAUCUACAGCCUCUAGUCCGUCCUCCUUCAAAGUGUGGACGACGGAGGAGGAGGAGGAGGUGGACCACUAUGGAUAUGUUCUGCCUGGAUCACCUGACCUACCAGAAAGAGUCUGUAGAAUCUCACAUUCUGGACGAAGACACUCAAGAUCUGCUAAGAAAAACCUGUCUCCCUUGUUGAUACGUCCCUCUCAAGAGUAUGAAGUUAUGAGCAAAAAGUCCAGUGCUUCUCCCUGCUGUACCAGAGGCUUCUCAACCAAAUUAGAUGUUCCUUUGCUUGGACUUAACUAUAAAAUUUCACCUUUACCCUCUCCAACCUCUAUGGCUCCGUUACCUAUGGAAGAAACAGCACAUGUGGAAAGUGUAACAUCAGUCUUAGGUGUGAGGAACAAGAAUGUAGAUGAGGAUGGUGAAGGGGCUGUAGCAGAGCGAAGGGGCUCCUCAGAGACAAAUGGAAACUCAGACGGUGUCAUCAGAGUCGUCAAAGACCAAGAGGAGGCAGACCCAGGGAUCGGCAGGUACGAAUAUAUGGACAUCAGACGCUCCGACUCUCAGGAAGAAGAGGACGACUCUCAGAGGAGAAGCGAAAGUCGAACACCUGUGCAGGAAGGAGCAGAAACACACAGGACAGUAGAAAACCAAAUAACGGAUUUGUUGAAAGAAGAGAAUGAUGAAGAGAACUGCGAUGACACAAAUAAACAACCCAUGCUCGAGGAGAGUCUGAGCCACAUGGUUACGCCCGGGCCAGAUGUGCUCACAGCUGGGGAGGAACAGGGGGAGGACUAUGAGGAGAUGACCAGAUUGGGAGUGGUACCCAGUGGGUGGGAGCAUCCAGAAUACCAGAACCUCCCGGUGAAGGAGAAGCCUGUUUCAGAUGACGCAGGUGGUGGCAGGUGUGCAGGGAUUGGGGGAUACAUCAAGGUGUGCGCAGGCAUGGGGGAACAUGGCGGAAACACGUCCUUUGACAACCCAGACUACUGGCACAGCAGACUGUUCCUGAAGCCAGAUGCUGUAAGAACCUAAUAACGUGGACUGGGACAGACACAGUAAAUGUUGGAAUUCGUUUAGUUUCUCUGCUACAUUCAGAUGGAUUUAGUUUUUGCUGUUGAAGUACAGGGUGUCAAAAAAGUCUAUUUACAAUUUAACAAAUUUAUUACAAAAGCAAAUGAAUUGGCCAAUCUGUGGAAAUUACUACAAAAUAAAAAGUUGAUAUUGAACUUUUUUGCCUCAUUUAAUCCACCUCUAUAAAGACACCAUUAGUUGAAUGAAGCACAUCUAGACGGUACUGGAUUUGUUGCUAUAUUGGAUGUAGCUUCAUCAGUAGUGUCAGUGCCAUCAGUGAUCUUUUACUUCAGGUUGUACACGAUAAUCUUUAACAUAACCUCAUAGAAA